AUGAAGUUCUUCGCCUCUGCUCUCCUCUUUGCUGCCACCGUCCUGGCCCUUCCGUCAGCAUCCUGCGACAAGGGUACUGAUAGUGGUGAGGUCGCAAACCCCCCGAAGACCCAGGAUAUCACCUAUGAACAGGCUAGCGCGAAGUGCGGCAACGAUGCUGUAGUUUCCUGCUGCAACAAGCAGACCGUGUCGGGCUCUGUCACCAACGUAAACAACGGCCUUCUCGCUGGUGUUCUGUCGAAUGCGAUCGCCGGUGGGCCUGGCAGCGAUGGACUUGGUCUGUUCGAUGGCUGUAGCGACCUUAGCCUGGGUGUCCCUGUCUUGAGCUUGCUCAGUGCGCAGAACAUUCUCAACAAGAAGUGCCAGCAAAGCAUUGCAUGCUGCCAGAACAGUCGCUCCGAGGCUAAUGGUAACCUCAUUGGUGUUGCCCUGCCGUGCGUCGCGUUGGGCAGCCUGAUCUAA